GUGGAGCUGCGCAUAUCAGAUGCGAUCAAAUGGUGUGCAAAGCGAUCUGAGAACAAAAUGCCAAAUGCCGAACUGCUGCCUGCUGCCUGCUGGUGCUGCUGGCAUGCUGGCGAUUUAAAUGCGAGACCCAAGCGACGCCAAUUGUGGCAAAUUGGCCGAGCUCAGUGGCAGGCGAACUACUGUCCCCAACAGCUGCUGCUCAGUCGCCGAGCAGACGAGAUUCGCACAGCAACGUUUGAGUGAGAGACAGCAUAGGAUGCAAGCAAAGUGCCUGCUGAUCAGCUUAAGCCUGGCCAUGGUCCUACUAAUGCUAACCGCACCGGUCAUUGAGGCGCGACGUGGACGCGGUCGUGGACGCACCAAGUCGCGAGUGCAGAUCGGCCUGCCGAUAACGGGCAAGUAUCGCGAUCCCGAAUCCGACCAGUACUACAACAACAAUAACGGCGCCAAAAUCUUGCAGGCCUCGCACUUUGAUCUCGAGUACGUGCUGGGCCAUAAGAUCGCCUUUCUGUGCGUGGCCAAGGGCAAUCCGCGCCCGCACAUAACCUGGUACAAGGACGGCGCCGAAAUCUAUCAGCAUCUGUAUAUGCACGUGCACGAAUGGACCAUUGGCGAUGAUCGCGUCAAGUCGAAGAUCGAAAUUGAUCCGGCUACUCAGAUGGAUGCCGGCCUUUACGAGUGCACAGCAGACAAUAUGUAUUCGAUAGACAGACGCAGCUUUAAGACCGAUUUCUCCAUUGCCUUCGAUUAAUCCGUUUCCUUCUUCCAUUAUAUGUUUAAGCAAUAAAGUUGAACCCA